AUGACUCCAACGUUGAUUACUGAAACAAAACCUGAGGAUUGGACAUAUAUCUCCGAGGGAGGGGCGACUAUCGUAUUCUCGUAUCGAGGACCUCACAAUGUCCAAUUCUCUGAUCACGUCCUACGUCUGCGUAAAGUCGCUCACGGGUCAUCAGACAACACGCUGCUCGAUACCAACAGUGAACAGCCAGAUGAUCCCAUGAUCGCCUUUCAAGAGAACAUCAUCUCAAAACUCGUUCCUUCUGAGUUUCUGCCGAGUCUUGCGAUGGUGGUGCUCGACGAAGAUUGGCUUAGGUCACUUAUUAUCCUACGCGACGGCGAUCGUCCAGCAGAGAGAAGGCAGACGGAUCAGAUUGAUGUUCGCAGGACCAAGGGUGUAUUAGCUACGGAUCUCAUUGGGGGUAUGCCCAUCGCGAUGGAAAUCAAGCCGAAAUGGGGAUUUUUACCUACAGAAUACCAUCUCUCGCCUGAGACUGUCGAUCUGAAGACAGGAACGUGCAGAUUCUGUAUGCAUACGAGCUUCAGAAUGGAACAAGGGGCCGUCGGUACGACCUAUUGCCCAUUGGACCUUUUCUCUUCAGAUGAGACGCGUGUUAGAAAAGCCUUAGGUGCUUUGUGGGCUGGGUGGUAUGAGAGCAAUGGGUCUCUCAAUAACCUACGGUUCUUCGUCCAGGGCAGAAUGACAAAACCAGAUGAUGAUCACUCGGUACAAUUGUUGGCACACUUCUUCACGGCGGACGGAUCGACUGACGUCCAGAACCUUCGGCAAUCGUUCACAUCCGUUCUUGCGCAGGCACUUCUUGACAGUCCCGUUCUUUCCCUCCUAUCAACUUUACAACGAACACUGGAUGUACUCGAUGUAGAGGGCUUAUCUAAGUUAUACAUACAAACAUUACCAGAUUUCCCAUAUAACGGUCUCGGGUCUUCGGUUCCCGAUCCUUCCAUGGAGGAAUGGAAGGACUUCGUCAAAAUCUACCACUCUGAUUAUCACUCCUGGAAUCACACAGUUCCAAGUCCUCGACACCUCCGGCAUUAUCUCAUGGCAUACCUUCUUUCAGCGACGUUUAAGGAUUGCUCCAUUAUUAUCUGGCCCAAAUCUACGCAGGUAUGCUCGUUUGAUGUCACAAUCAUCGACAUGGAUAUCAAGAGCAUGGAUCGCUUGGGGAAGUGGGAAAGGUUAGACAGGAAAAUCGUGGAGCAUUACAAGAGUUCGGGCAGCCAGCGGCGUUGCAUCGACAGUCAACGAUGUACACGUAUGUGUUGCUGCUCUCUCGCAUCGAAUGUUGCUUACAGAUAUAUUUGA